UUGUCUUUCUGUUUUAUGACACAUAAACUAUCCAAAUCAGUGUUUUUGUGUUUCCAGUUCCAGGUCAAUGGUGCAGUUCGUCUUCCGGUCCAGAAGGCGGCGCUGAAACAGUCCAAACCUCAUCUGUCGUUGUUCUUUAGUAGCUGUGUUUUUGCAUCGCGCUGGAGGCUUUCUUCUGUCUUUAUCAACUCUGCGAAGUCCGAAGAGGAGUGCUCCACCCUCACUUUGACAUUUCCUCGUCCGCCGAGUCUCUUUGCCGCCUUCGGUCUUGCCUCCACCUGUUGGUGUUUAUAUCUCGGGGCGUCAGGAAGUGUUCUCUUGAACUUCGACAUGAGCGAGCAGCAGUCCGGACGGAUGAUGGGGGGCGGCGGAGGCGGAGCUCAUCUUGGCGGCGCCAUGAAGCUGUUUAGCAGUUUGGGGCUGACGCCCUCCGACCUGAACAUUCUGGCUGAAAUCCCCGAAGACGAGAUCACGGUGGAGACGCUGCCGAGCAUCCUCAUGCAGCUCAAGGGCCGCAAGGCGGCUUCGGGAGACAGGGGGGCGUCGUCCUCGGAUGUUUCAUAUCAAGGAGGCGGGAACAGGUGGGACUCCUCCCCGGGUCCGGGCUCGUCCCGGGCCCAGGCCUCCUCGGACUUUGGUUUCAGCAGCUCCAUGUCGGACGGCUCCUCCAGCCGGGGAUUCGGUUCUAGUUACGGCGGCGGCGGCGGAGAGGGGCGGUCAGAGAGGCUGUAUUCUGAGCUUUCCCACCAAACGUCGUACGGUGGGCUCGGCAUGGGGACGCUGAUGUCGGACCCCGUCUUUAUGCAGCGGAGGAUGGACACCCCGUCCAGCGGAAAAGUCCAGGACUUCUUGGGAGUGGCUCCCUCCAUGUUCCCUCACGUGUGCUCUCUUUGUAACUAUGACGUUCAUUCUUCUCUGGAGUGGAACCAACACGUCAAAGAUCUCCGACAUGUUGAGAACAAACGACGUCUCCUGGACAUGUAUCCAGACUGGAAACCUGGGAUGGCUUCGGGGAGGAGCGGGGGGCACAGGGACACCCCCAACCUGUCCCCAGGCCUGCUGGGACCACCCCCCUUGUCUUCAGGUUUCUCAGGCGGGAUGUCCUCCAGCUGGGGAGACGGCCGCGGUCUGUCUGGAAACAAACUGGUUCAGAACACGAGGCGGAGCAAAGUGGUGGUGGUGAAGUACGACAGGAAGCCUUUGAGCAACAAGACUCUGUUCGCCCUCGCCGAGAUGUUCGGCACCCUCAGAGAACACCUGAUCCUUGACAAAAAGGCCUUCCUGGAAAUGGACACUCAUGAAGAAGCUCUGGACAUGGUGAAACACUACAAACAGAACCCGACCUCUCUGUACGGCAAACCCAUCACCUUCUACCUGUCCCAGAGYCUGAUGGUCAUUGAGAAAGAUCCGAUGCGCAGGAGGACCAUGGACCGSCCUGUUCGGGAGCUCAAAAGUCAAGGCAGCAAAGUGGUUUUCUUCUCCCGCCUGCCCAGRGAGGAGCACAAGAAGAGGGAGCUGCUGGUCGUCGCUGAGCGCUUCGGCGUCGUGGAGAAAUACCUGUUUCUAAAAGAACAGGCCUUCGUCCAGCUGGGGACAGAGGAGGACGCAGACAUGCUGGUCAAGUAUUACAGCAGGAACCCGCUCAUCUUGGACGGACGCAGCGUCAACCUCAACAUCUGCGAAAAAUACAAAACCCUCAAUGUGAGCCACAGGUACGUCUCUCAGAACUGGAGGAGCAGCCRACCAGAACCCUCCCACUCCAGAACCUCCAAGUCUUCAUCCAGCAGCCGGGACGAGAAGGAGGAGGAGAGAAGGAAGAAAAGGAAGAGGGACGUGGAGACUAAGGAGGAGAAAAAGGAGGAGAAAAAGAAAGUGGAGAAAAGGGAGGUGAAGAACCAGGAGGAGAGGAAGGUGAUAAAAGAGGAUAUCAAGGAGAAGACUGAGGAGAAGCCUGCAGCGGAGGAGGAGGAAGAGGCCGAGGAGGCGUCUGAAGUGUUGCAGGGAGGAGAGGAUGAAGAGGAAGAUGCGGAGGAGGAUAAAGAGGUGGAAGAGAAAGAAGAGGAAGAGAAGGAGGACAAAGAUCAGGAGGAGCCAGAGAAAGCUGAGUCUGUGAAUGAAAAAGAGGAGGAGCAAGAGGAGGUUCCUGUCGAGGAUGAUGUCACAGCUGGGGGCGGGGCCACACAGGAGGAGGGGCCAGAGSGACAAACUGAAGUGACAGAAACCGAAACUCCAACUGACGAAGACAAAGAUGAAGAACCUGCCGGAGAGAGCUGUGAGGCGGAGCCAGAUGAAGACCAACCUGAAGACCAACCUGAAGACCAGAUGGAUCAGGACUUCCAGGAGAACCUGGAGGACUUUGUCACGCUGGACGAACUGGAAGAAGAUGAAGGCGAAGGUGACAAAGACUCAGAUUCUACAGGCCUACAUCCAGUUUGAGGAGGAGGCGCAGGCGAUAGCCAUGCACAAGUUUUACAGCAGGCAAGUGAUCGCCACGGUUUGCGGCCGCCCGGUGAAGAUCGCCCGAUCCAUGUGCUACCCCACCAUCCGGACUGGAACCAGCAGGGUCGUGUACAUCGGUCAGCUUCCCAGCCUCGGUAAAUACACAGAUGAAGAAGUCCUGAAGCUGGCCGAGCCGUUCGGAAGUGUCCGGAAAUACUCCCUGCUCAGGCGGAGGAGAGAGUGCUUCAUCGAGAUGGUCAAACCAGAAGAUGCUGAGAAGAUGGCCGAAGCGAGUAAAGAGUCGCCGCUGAAGCUUCAGGGACGCCGCCUGCUGGUCUACGUGAGCAGGAAGUACCAGGUGCUCCGCAACAGUUUUCAGUAUCCAAACGCGGCAAAGAGGUCGAGCAGCAGGUCGCCACCACGAUCCCCCCAACCCUCCGAUGAGCCGCCGGCCAAGAAACUGAAGGAGGCGGAGCCAGAGGAGGAGGAGGAGGAGGAGCAAAGAACAGAAAACGCUGCCGAAGAACUUCCAGAAGCUUCUGAGGAGAAAAAAAUGGAUGCUGCUGCUGAGGUCAAAGAUCAACAGGAAGAGAUCAAUCAGGAACCGAAGGAGGAGGACAUGGACACGUCCAAUCAGAAUGAACAAACAGAGGCUCCGCCCCCUGCUGAUGUUAAACCCCGCCCGGCGUCUCUGCCGCUGCCGCCGUACGACCCGGAGGUCCCCAUCGGUGUGGAACACGUGAAGAUGGGCUACUACUGCCGCAUCUGUUUCCUGUUUUACUCCAACAAAGACACGGCCAUGAAGAGCCACUGCAGCAGCCAGGCGCACUACGACAAGCUGCAGAAACACCUGGAGAAGGAACAAACAAAAGCAACAAAGAAGAAAGUGAAGACUGCAGCGUGAGACACGAUGAUGRCGAUGAUUUUUCUUCUUCUCAUUUUUAAUUUUUUUUGUGAGAUGUAAAAUUAUAGUUCAAGAAAAAAAAACAAUUACUGUCCGGGCUCUGUCUACAUCCUGGAACAUGAUAAAACAUGAAGUAGUUCCUGUUCACUGCUGAAUGUCGGCUGAUUUGUGUUUAGAUUUUACAGAAUAAAGCGUUUUAUUAAAACGUGA